AUGUCGGUACCCACAUCCGCCCUCGAAGAGGCGUUCUCCGAUGCCCCUCUACUACGCCAGGAGAUACUGGAACACGUUUCCAAGAAUCCCCAAUAUCUUGAUUUGUUCCACCAGAUAUCCCGUUAUAUCAUCAAAAUCCAGCAAGCUAGCAUCGAAGACAGAGAUGGCCCAUCUAUCAAACGUCGGAAGCUUGAAAACAACACCGGUUCACAGAUUGAGGUCUUUAGCAAAUCGACCUUGCUUGCCGAAUUGGGCUCCCAGCCAGCUUUGCUCCGCAUACCGGACAUAUCCUUCUCAAUUCCGCAACGAAAGAAAUUCGCAUUGGUGUUAACUGCCACUGCUCUUGGAGCUUUCGGUCCAAAUGAAUCUGUUGAGUUCGGUGUACAUCUAAACGAAAUUGAUUACGUUGCGUGUGUCCCCGUUCCAGAAAAAGCCGCGAGACAAUGGAACUUCGCCGUGUUCGCGAAGAACAGCCAUGGAAUAACCGAUACUGCCACGGACCCGUUACUCUUCACAGUAACCGAUACCCCACCGAAGGGCGAAACAUCAGGUGAAAGUACUGGCAUAAAACAGACUAUAAUAGACAACUUAAACCGCAUCCUUCCCAUGAAUGUCAUGCAGCCCUCUCCGGAAGUCUUCCGAUCCCUUACGGUGAACUCAUAUCGCAAGAAUGAAAAUUCAUACCAUGUUAAAUCUCACCUCGGAACCAAAGAAGGCUUUCUCUUCUUUUUGGAGGACGCAAUUAUAUGGGGGUUCAAAAAGCCACUAUUUUGUUUCGCUUUCGAUUCAAUUGAGUCAAGCAGUUAUUCAAGUAUAACCCAGCGUACUUUUAGUCUUACAAUCAAAACAACUGCCGAAUUUAGCAGUAAGGAGAUAGAGUUCUCUAUGAUUGAUCAAGUGGAACAUCCUGCUAUCGACGAUUUCCUUCGGAGGAAUCAGCUCAAGGACGCCAGUAUGGCAGAAACAAAGCGCGCGAAGAUACCAUCUUCAUUAAUAAAAGAAAACACGGGCGCGAAAAGCGAGCUCCAAGCCGCCGAGAAUGAAAUUGCAGGGAUUGAUCAAAACGACAGCGACGACGAAGAGGAUGACGACUACGAACAGCAUAGCGACGGGAGCGAUGUCACUAGUGAAUCCGAUUCAGAUGACUCCGAUGCUGGGUUGAAUAUAAGCCAACGGACUUCUUCUCGAAACCUUGCUGAGGAGGAACUCGGAAGUGAGUUAGAGGACGUAGAUGUUACGGAUGACGAGGAACCUUAG